AAUCAAAAUACCAGUGAUUUUUUCCAAAUAACAAUUACAAAAUUUUGUGAAAAUGGUUUGAAAAACGUCGUGGAAAAAUGCCGCCAACACUAACCAACAGGUAAUAAACAUUAUCGAUUCCAUUGGUGUUUUUAAAUUCAUAAAUUCUAUCAUGACGAUGUAUGAAUAGCGCGAAUAUAGAUCAAGGGUGAAUGGAUUUUAUGCGAAUUGUCCAUAUUUUUACAUUCGUGUUGCUUUAAUGCUUUAAUGUGUUCGAGUGCGAAUAGGGUUAAAUUAUGUUGCAGAUUUAUUUGAAUAAGUGCGCAAUUGCGUUGUAGUGAUGUUUAUUAAGUACAAGUAAUGGUGUUGAUAUAUUAUGAAAAAGUAUGCGGUGCAUUUUUUGACAUUAACAUCAUAGUUCUAGCUAGAUGCGCUGAAGUCUAGGGUUGAGAAUUUGUACAGUGUUGCAUUAAUAUGAAAGAUAAGAUAUUUUUAUCCUUGUCGUAGAACUUCUUUUUUGUACUUCGCAUUUAUAUUGUCCAUAGGUACAGAAUUAUAACGUGCAAAUCAAUGUGUGCUAAACAGUCAAUAUUAUUGCCUGGGGGUGGGGACAUUUGUUUGCCCAGUGGUGGGGCUUUCACACAGUUCUUCUUUCCCUGGGGUUGGGACAUAGGCAUUUUCUUUCCAGAAAUGGCUAAUUCCCGGGGGGGGGGGGGGAUCAAAUAGCCCAUCAAUCCUUGGCAUGGAAUGGCUUGAUUUAUCGAAUGUAGGCCUGCUUUAUCGAAUGUAGGCCUGCGCAGAACAUAUGCGCAGAACAGACUUUACAUGGUCGUUAAUGAAAUUGUUUUGUUUUCAGAGUGGCAAAUGUAGUGGUCCAUAGUUGUAUAACUUGUAUGCUACGGCAAACCACUCCAUUAUAGUGUAAACAUAAUAUAGUCUCAAUACUAGAAACCUACAGUACUAAAUUUUUAGCAGAAUGUUAGCCAUAGUGUUAUUAAUAGUGUAAACACGGCCUAAAUGUCUAAAUAAAGUUUGAAAAGUUGGGGGGAAAAGUUUUCUCGUGCUCACCUAUUUUUUACAACCCCUGGACUGAUUAUCUCUCCAGGUGAACUUGGGCAAAGACGAGAUAGUAUCUGUACAUCUGAUACUGCAACUUGUAUCAUAUGCAGUUAAUUGCCAAAAAUUUGAAUUCAUACAAGCCACAAAAGGUCAACAUUUUGCAAAAUUCUGUUACCAACUUACCCAAUAAGUUGUGUUAUAAUUGAUAAUUACACAAGCAAUCAAUGAAAAGAAACAUUGUAUUAUGGGUUGAUAUUUUAAUAUGUUAGGGCAUCUGUCAAUAUAUGUAGUUGCAAGUCCCUGCGCUUGCUGCCUUCAGCUUUGCCUGUUUAGGCACAGAUUAAAUGAAGAUCUAAACAAUUUUUUUUUAAAUUUAUUCCCAUUCUUUCUGAACAACAAUCUCUAGUUGAGCAAUGCCCUUGUUUCCAGGGCAUUGCUUGCUCUUUUCUUGUAAACCAUCCAUAGAUUUUUCAUUGGGUCGAGUUUCGGACUUUUCGCUGGCAUCUCAAUGCUUUUUUUGCAUGAUUUCUGGAUCUUCGUGUUGCUGGCACAUUUUCCUAAUCGAAUGCCUUGUUGUCUGUCAUCACUCAUAUAAUCCGUCCCGAAACAAGCAAAGGAGCUCCCAAUUUGUCAUAUUAAAACCAACAUGUUUUAAUAUUAUCUGGCUGAUACAUUUUGUUCAAAAUAGCUUAAAUGAAAUCAUGCUAACCAGACGAUUUUACUCAUCAGGGGGAAAGUCUGGGGCAUAGGAAGCAUCACAAGAUUGGGGGGCACUGGCUUGCAGGGGUACUUUUGGACAUUGAAGGGAGGGGGGGACAAAAAUGUUCUUGUAAUACUAUACCGAAAUUGGAAGUUUUUGACCAAAUUUUUUUUAAAAACAUCAAAAUUUCCAAACAAAAAGGGCACUUUUGAUGUUAAUUUAGUAUUUAUAGCGACAUUAGCUUGUAUAGAAAGUAGGGGUGCACCGGAUUUAACGAAUUUUCCGGCAUCCGGCCGGAUUUGGAGAAAAUCCGGUCGGAUUUAAAUUUCUGUUUUCACCUUAAAAAAUUCACCAAGAAUGGGAUAUUUGGCAGCUUAAAAGUUUUAAAAAACAAUUAUAUUAUUAUAAAAUAUUAAGUUAUUAACAAAAAGAUGUUUAAAAAAGGUUUAAACACAAUCAAAAAUCUAAACUGACACUAACUAAAAAUAGUAAAAAACAUAAACCGUCAUUUUGAAUACUGAUUUAUCCCCAAUUGUCCCCAUUACCGGUUUAUCUCAAAUCCGGCAAAUCUCCCCAUUACCGGUUUAUCUCAAAUCCGGAAUUUUUGUCCAAAUCCGGUAAAUCCGGUUCUGGCCGGAUUUGAAAAUUCCAAAUCCGGUGCACCCCUAAUAAAAAGGGCACUUUUCAUCACAAGAAAAGGCACUUUUGAUCUUUUGAAAUAAUUUAAGGCACAUGCCCCCGGUUCCUACGUCCCUGGGGAGAGUGCUGCCACUCGGUGGAUUAAUCAGACUUUCUGCCCAUGCACACUGUUAAAUUUUUAUUUUUGGAUUUGCUGCCAGGAAAAAAAUGUGCCGGGUGUCCCCCAAAAAACUGGACACUGCUUGAUUUCAUGUAACAUAUACCUAUAAUAUAGCCUGUAAAAGCUAUCACAAUGAAAUAAAGAUCUUUGCAUUCAGAAAGGACUACAGUAACUUAGAUUUUGAUAUAUACAGUACAGUAGCACUUGAAUUUACAUGCAAUAUUGACGUGCUAUAUUGAUGUUUGAACGUUGAACUACUCAACUACUGUUUUUGGAAAUGCCAAAAAUUAGCAUGAAACAACCUUAAAAUUACCGAUGUAGUUAUACUUGUUAAAUAAUAAAUAUUUUUAUUUUUGUUGCAUCUUGCGAAGAAGUGCUGUAUCUCGCUCAUUAUUGCAUGUAAAUUCAAGUGUUAUAUAUCAAAAUCUAAGUUAGUCGUUUCUGAAUGCAAUAAUAUUUAUUUCAUUGACAUUGCAAAAGAUUUUAUAGCUUUUAUGCUACAUGAAAUCAAACAGUGUCCAGUUUUUUGGGUUGUUUUGGGGUGUUUGUUUUUUUUUGGGGGGGGAGACCUGGUAUUUUCUAGGCAUGUUGUGUGCAUAUAACUAGUUUGUCUUGGCUGAUGGUUCUUCUACUGUAUGUGUAUCAAUAUAGCACUAUACAAAUUAUCAGAAGAAUAUUAGGAAUAUAAUCUGUUUCCAGAACAUUACAUUGUAAAACAUACCUUAUUAUAGGAAAUUAACGAUGCACUUUAUUAACGCGACAUAAAUUAACGUGUCAUCUAAUUAACGCGAAUUGCUUUCAGGUACUUCUAUAAAACUGAUUAAAUUAACGCGAAUCUGACAGUUUAUGGUUAACAAGUUAAUUUAACUAACGCGAGUCGAAGAAUAUAAACACAACACCAAAAGUUUAAUAUUAUAUAUAUACUACCAAUUAAAACAGUACGCGAGUAGAUAUGUCAAAACUGUAACGUUAAAAGUUAAAGUCAUUUAAGCCAAUGUUAGUAUAUAAAAUAUAUAGUUCAGCUUAAGGUUCUGCCGACAGUGACAGUGAAGAGGUGGACUGAUGUUUUUGUUUUGAGGUUUAAUAUGAUCAUUAUGAUGUAUUCCGAGUUAAAAGAGUUCAUGUUAUAUGAAACAAAUCAAGGACAAGGUCUUUUUAAUUGACGAUAACUAAAAUUUGCAUGCUUGAAAUUAACGAAAACAUAAAUUAACAAUUAAAUUAACGCGAAAUUUUAAAAUACGUGUUAAUAAAGUGCAUCGUUAAUUUCCUAUAAUAAGGUAUUCAUUUUAAUUAAUGGGUUAACCAAAGUACUUGCCCAUCCCUCAAUGUACAGUACAGGUACCUGGAGCCCAGUUAUUUACUGGAACUGUAUGUCAACUGCUAUGUACAGGUCAAGUUCGGUACUAAUUUGAAAUAUCACAUACCUUGCAGAGAGCUGAAAAAUAAAUCAACAGGCAUUGAUAUAAUUGUGCCAGAAUUCCAAGUGAUUCCUGGGAAACUUGUGAACACAGUUCUGUACCAUGUUAUCGUCAUAACGCGACUUUUUUAUUUCAAAACGAGGCAGCACAAGGAGUCUGACUUGGUGCAGUUUGCAGUAAGUAUACUGUAUAAGACUAUAAGCAAUGCAAAGCUUGCUCAUCUAUUACAUGAAUUACAUACAGGCGAUGAACUGGCUUGCUUCCCUGGCGUGCUGGCUAGCUGGCUAACUGAGCAGAAAGCUGAAAGAAAGAACUUUAGAUUUUGCUGCAAGUGCGACUACAAGAAUAGCUUAUUUGCAUGUGGAUAUGCGAUAUUCUUAAGGCGGAUUUCCAGUCCUCGCACGAAGCUCCUCGCAGCUCGCUGCGAGUGCUUGCAUCUAAUUAAAAUGAACUGUUUAGCAUUGUCACAUUGUGAUUGGAUGAAAGUGCUCAUGCAUCACCCGCAGCGAGCUGCGAGGAGCUUCGUGCGAGGACUGGAAAUCCACCUUUAGUUAAGGCUAUAAAAAAGGUCAUUGAGUUUAGAUUAGUGUCAGAUAAAGAUUAGAUUAGGGUUAGAUUAAGAUUAGGUUAUAGGGUUAGGGACUUACAUGUAGGGUUCAACAUGUAGGGUUCAACAUGUUUCGCGAAUUUAUUGUGUUGAUAAUUUCGAACGUGUUUAAACACUUAUUCACUUAUAUAGUAAAGUCAAAGGUCGAGCUCAUGGUAAAACAAACACAUACCACGAGAAAUAUAAUGGCAUAAGAUGAUGGCAGGCAUGUGCAAACAAUGAAUCUUGUAAUCAUGCUCGUACUCAUAGUAAAAUCUAAAGGUCUCUAUUGAUUGACUGACUGUGACUGCAGUCACUCGACCUCUUCCCAAUGUUCGUCAGAGUAUAGUUUUAGAUUCAUUCAAAUUGGAUUUCAAUUUUGACGGGAUAAAAAAUUGUCAGUCGACAGUUUUGCAUACGCACGCAUCUACUCAUAGAAUCCACACUCUAUGUGACCAUACAGUACGUAUUAAUUUAAUUUAAUUAAUUAGCUUUGCCUUGCAAAUAACUAUAAUACAAUUAAUGGCAGGGAGUCCGUAACAGCGCUUAGCCAAUUACUACGGCCCCAUAAAACUAACAUUAAAACUAAUAUUACAAAUUUAAAAAAUACAAUAAUCAACUGAUAACAAACAACAUAUGAAAAUGACAACAAUACGUCUUUUACAUGCAGCACGAGAUUGGAAUACUAAGACUACGAACAGAGUUACACUUUGGACAAAUGGUUUUGUACGAACGAGGAUCGUAUAGGUGAUGUGCACCACUCCCAUGGAAUCGAUUCAAAGGACAAGGAGGUUUUCGCCAUGUUGGAUGAUAUUCGCAUUGCAAAAAAAGCAAAAUCCUUUGUUAAUGUCAUCCAACAUGGCGACGGUGACGUAACUUGCACACCACCUGAAUUAAAUUGUCAAGUAUUCAGAAAUCAACAUUUCACAUGACUUAAUGGACGACUUUCGCUUUAGACUAAAUUUUAAUCUAAGUUAGAACAACGAAAUCUAUCACCACAGCUAGAAAGAGCGUCUUGGAAUUAGUAAUAUUACAAAGUUUGGUUGCGAAAUGUUGUAAAAUACGGAAAAUAUAGCACUUCAAAGUUGGCAAAUUUGUAUACUUUUGUAUUACGUGCGUGAAUUGGUAACUAAAUUAACUUACCAAUUUCCGCACGUAAUAGAAAUGUAUACAAAUUUGCCAACUUCACAGGGCUAUAUUUUCCGUAUUUUACAACAUUUCGCAACCAAACUUUGCAGUUUUUCUAACUUUGAUAACUUCUUUCCAAAAAUAUCCUUUGUUAUUCCCAGAUUAAAAAUUUUUCUAAAGCGCAAGUCGUCCAUUAUUACGAUCACGGUGCCAAUAUGCGUAGUGCCAAUAAAAAGAAAGCUGUGGAUUGGUAGGGAUUCAACUACCUGAAAAAUACAAGGAGAACUUUGACGUUUCGAGUAUAGGCCCUUCAUUGGGAAGUCAGGAAAAUUAUAUAUGCUUUUAUACUAAUGAGUGAUGGUAUAAAAAUCUAAAGUGAUCAUGUGACAAAAACCAAUCAGGUGAAUUGUGUCAAAACGUGAAGUGUAAACGAGAAACUGUAAACCACAUUACAUAAUAUUGAUACAAAUAUACGGAAAACUACAACAAAUACAAUAAUAAACAAUUCUGGAAUAAGGUGAGAAUUCAAAGUAAUGUCUUUGUCUGCUUUAGAAAGACUUUGAUUGCAGUACUUUAAAUUUUCCUUGUAUUUUUCAGGUAGUUGUAUCCCUAUAAUUAUAGAAACUUUAGACAGUCUUCACCAAUCUCACCGCUAUACUCCAUCGAACUUUUCUCUUAUUCGACUUGUGUUUGAGCAGGCAUGAUUUGAACCGGAGUUGGCUCAUUGGGGCUUUUCCUGUUUUAGGCUCAGCCUAAACAGGAUGAGCCAACUCUGGUUCAAAUCAUGCCUGCUCAAACACAAAUGAGAAAACGAGAAAAGUUCGACAGAGGAUAGCGGUGACAUUGGUGAAGAGUGCUCACAGUUUUUAUUGUUUUCUGGCAAACUGUAUCAUCGUAUCCAUAUCAAUUGGCAAUUUAAAUUAUUAACUAUUAAUUACAUUGUGUCCUAAUGUGACCACUUUGUUAUUUUAAUUAACAUCUAACACCAGAUGAUUUUACUUGUCAAAGGGACAGCGCUGGCGCUCAAUGGCUUCAAGUGCCUCCACAAUGCAGGCAAUUUUCUGGGACUGGGGGGCAUGCUCCCAGACACCCCGAGAAUUGUGACUCACAAAGUAAUACGUCCCCCGCCCUUAAGAAACCCACUAAUAUCCAGGUGCCACUGGGCACUUCCCUAACAAUCUCUUUACCAUCAUACUUCAUUCUUAUCAACCUAGGUCGCAAAAAAGUAUGAAGACGUCGAAGAACUUCAUUCAAAACUUGUUGCAAAAUUCCCCAGUGUAAAUUUCCCCUCCCUACCGAAAAUGUCCCUAAUUAUCACCGAUAAAACCCUCAACGAGCGAAAGAAGUUUCUGGAACAGUUACUAAGUAUGGUCGCUCGUACACCCAAGCUUUGCAGUUGCUCACCUGUUUUGAGUUUUCUUGAAGUGAACAAGAUUAGCAUUAAACAAAAUCCGUUGCAAAAACCAGAACCGGAAAAACCCAAGGUUUGUAGGAAUGUGUUAUUAUUACCUCCGCCAGGAGGUUAUGUAAUCAUCUGGGUUUGUAUGUGUGUGUGUGUGUGUGUGUGUAUGUGUGUGUGUGUGUGUAUGUGUGUGUGUAUGUGUGUGUGUUUGUCUGUGAGCACGAUAACUCAAGAAAUACCAAACAUAUCCGUACGAAAUUUUGUGAGUGCAUUUCCCAUCGGCUAAGGAAGAACUGAUUAAAAUUUGGUUGAAUUUGGUUAAAAAUUGAAUGAGAAAUAACAAAAGUUUGUCUUGUUUAUCCCGGUCAAUUAAAUAAAACUUUAUACUGAAUGCGUAAUUAGGACGUGCAUAAUAUAUGCACCAGCCAUUCAAAUUCUAAUAACAAUAGAUUACUUCAAUAGUUUGCGCGUAGGCGGAGGUAUGCAGUCUCUGAGUGCCCUCUAGUUUUAGAUAUUUUUAUCUGACCGUUACUUGAGAACUGAUUGGUUAAUUUUAUCGUCAAAUUGUUUUUUUGUCGGGUUUUUUUUGCGCGAAAACCACCUAAAUUAUAAUGACGUAAAUAUUGGGAUUUUUUAGGGAAUCUCGGGAUAUUUUGGGAGCUUACUUGGGAUUGUUACAAAAUUACAGCGGAAUGCGGAAACAUCAAGACAAUUGUGUUGUUUUUUAUCAGUCCAAAUGUUAAGUUAUAAAAUGUCUUCAACAUUUCCACAAAUUGAGUUUUUCUUUUAUCUUUCAGGCAGCGAUAAAGCCAUUUAAAAGUUGUAGUAGAUUAACUUUAAAUAUAACAGUAAUUAAACAAAAGUUGACAUUCAAAGAAAAGAUUUGUCAUGAUGAUGUGUUUUGUUCGAGGUUUUGUUAUACUACAUUUUGGGCGAUAUUUUCCCAUGCAUCUUUCUUGCAUUAUAAAAUUGCAACAAAAUUCCGACGUUUCCGUGUUGACAUUGGAACAAGGCGUUUCCGUGUUGACAUUGGACAACACGGCUCUUAGCCAAUCAGCGUUCAGAAUUUACACUAUAUUAUAAAUAUAUAUACUGCAGUGCAGGGAUGGAUUUACUGGGGGGGUGCACCCUUACCCUGGCCAGGGGGUGCUAUUUUUCAUGAUAAAGCAAAAAAUUAUGAGACAAAAUGAGAUACAGCAAUUUGAGUAAUAACAUGAUGAUAAGCGAACUGUGAACAACAAUUACAAUUCAAAUACAGUAGUCAAGCAGGACUUUGCAGUAGUCAAGCAAGUUGAUGGGCGGGCGGCACACAUGACCGACACAACUCGGCACCAGGGGCCAGUCGUAAUUAACGCUAACUGUAGUUAGCGUUAAUCACUGUAGUUAAAUCCUUAACUGUAAUUAGUUAACUGCAUGACUUAACUGCGUUGCACAAAACGUAGUUAGUCGGAUAGUUAACUAAUCACGUAGUUAACUGUGCGCGGGACUUGCGUGGGGCGUUUAAACACAAAAUUACAUAAAGUAAGCAACGAGUAACAACCGCUGACACGCAUUUUCAACAUGAUUGUGGACUCGUAUUUUGCAAAUAGGCGGGAAUUUUAUUCAAAACACUAGAAAACAGUGAAAAAUAAACAAGAAAACAAGGAAAAACCGCCACAAAAAUCAUAGAAGAAUGCAAUUUUUCCUUAAAAGGUAUAGCUGUUUAGCAAUUAUAUAUCAGUGUUUCUUGGUGUAAUGGACCAUACUUCGUCUUCGAGAAAUCGUCCUGUGCAAAAAAUAUGUUCUGUUUUCGUAAAAACACCAAAGCGAUAGCAUUUGAAGAGUUUAUACAGGGAAGCUAGCGAUUGAAAAUCUCAAGUAAGCGUUGCUUUUCAUUAUUGUUUUAUUGAAAAAUGUUGUUCACUCCUAUACAAACGCCAUUUUUAACUACGUUUUGGACAGUUAACUAUACCCUAAAGCAUAUAUAUAGUUAACUUUAACUACUCUUUAACUGCAGUUAAGGCUAACUACACUUUUAUACAACCGGCUUAACUACGUGAUUAAAGUUAACUAUUUUUUUAGGCUUUUUAACUACUUUUUAACUGCAGUUAGCGCUAACUACGUUUUUAUACAACCGGCCCCUAGCUGGCAGAGCACCCCCCCCCCCCUACCAGAUCAUGCUGGAUCCAUCCCUGCUGCAGUGGGUGGUGCCAGUUGUGUUUUUCGCAGCUGCUCCUAGUUAGUUCUGAAAAUUGUACAUAAUCUUCCAUAAUUUUUUAGGGAGCAUCUCGCUCGAUAGAACUAACCAGUUUGAUACAAUUUUAGACCUGAUCAGGAGCUAGUAAUUGACCGAUAAUCGUAUCGGUCGAUGUUUGCCUUACCGGUAGGCAAUCGGAAUCGGUAGAAUUAUCUAUAUUUCCGAUUGUCUAAAACCGAUUGUUGAGAAAAUACACACUUUAAAAAUUAUAUGCAUUGCCGCAUGUUGAUACACGUUGCGUUUUAAAGCAAUACAUGUAUGUCAAAUUAAUGCGUGAAGCGUGCCAUUCAUUAACGGUUCCGAUUUCCAUUAGGCGGAAUUUUUGCGCGUGGAUUCGUCUUUUCUAAUUAGUUCCACACGAGAAAUCACAAGACAAUGAAAAAUUCCGUUCCGCGCGCAAAAUUCCGCCUAAUGGAAACCGGCUUGAAGGCUGUUUUCCACUAGGCGGAAUUUUCCGCGCGGAGCGGAAUUUCUCUUUGUCUUGUGAUUUCUCGGGUGGAACUAAUUAGAAAAGACAAAGACAAAUUGCGCUCCGCGCGGAAAAUUCCGCCUAGUGGAAAACGGCCUUAACGUUGCAAAUUAUCGUCAUGAAUGAUGUCACCUUUACUCGGUAGACAUUAUGACCUCAUUAUAAAAUCGGCAUCGCGGUAUCUAUCAGAUUGUGGCUUCACUACCAGGAGCUAUCGAUCUGGCAGAAAUCGAUCCUGCCGCCCUGCGAUUCCGGUACAGCGCUCUAACCAACUGAGCUAAAGAGUCCAGUUGUCGAGCUGUAACUAGAAAGUUAAACGAAAAGUGGAUAGAAGUGGAAAAUGAAAAAAUGAACAACGAAAAAUGGGUAGAAGCGGCGAUCUAGAUACCCGACGAUUCCGAAGUUCGAAUUCCACUCGAGACAACGAAUUUUUCGCUAUGCUCUGCAGUGUCAGAAUUUUAUGAAACAAGUAAAUGAUCAAAAUCUGUUUUAAUUCUAUAUUUUCUCUAAACUGGCCGCAAUUUUUAGGAAGAGGAAACAGAAGAAAAUAAACAAGAAGUUGAGCGAGAUAUUUUUGGUGUGACACAAUACGAAGGGUCGGACGACGAAAGCGACUCCCAUUCGGGCAGUGAUCAAGAAGACGCCGCUGUUGUUGACAUGAAACGACCCAGUGACCCACAACCGAAACCCAACAGUUCCCAACCCACUGUUUUUUUCAAGGAACAAGAGGAGAACCUCACAGAUCAGUUUUUGAAAUCUAGUGGGAAAUUUUCGUUUGGAAGCCAUGACGCAAACGAGAAAGAUGUUAGUGAUUUAUUUAUUCCGGAUGAAGCGAGGAAGUCCGAUGAUGUGAAGUUGUUUGAUAGUGACGAUGAUCCUGAUUUGCUUGAGUAAGGUUUUGUUCAUCACAGUAGUUGUUUGUGUGAUUAUUCAACGAACCUUUACUGAAUAGUAAAUACAACGAAAACAAAGAAUAACAAAAUAGCAACUGCAACAUCAGUAAUGGCAAGAACAGUAGAAAACGAAACAACAGCAGCGACAGCAACAACAAACACAAAACAGCUAUAUCAGAAACAACGACAUCGGCAACAACACCACCACCACCAACAACAACAGCAGCAACAACAACAACAACACAACAACAACAACAACAAAGCAACAACUGCAUUAGCUGGAGAACAACAACAGAAACAAGAACAGCGACAACGACAAAGGGAACGAUAUCAGUAAAAACAACCACAAUGACAAUGAAUGUCCACCUGUGAUUUUUUUAUUGGUAUAAGAAUUUAAUAUUUAAAUUCGUACAUGCUUUAUGUCAACCUAUCCUCCACUUUAUUCCUAGAAUUGAAGACGAUCUUGACAAGCUACUUAAUGUUUCUAAGAAAACAGAGAAGCCUGCGCCAAGUCCCAAACCCCGCGCUGCACCAAAACCCGAUCUUAAACCGCGUCCUACCCCAAAACCAAGGUUUGUGGAGUCAACCAGCAAUGCAGACUCCGACUUCUUGACCAAACCUGACAAAUCAGCCAAACCUGAAAAACCAGUGAAGCCUGAAAAACCGGUAAAACCUGAGAAACCGGUAAAACCCGAAAAACCAAUCAAACCUGAAAAACCUGUCAAACCUGAAAAAUCCGUCAAACCUGAUAAACCAGUCAAACCAGUUGGGCCUCCAAAGCCGAAACCGAGAACAAGAGCAAAGGUUGCCUCCGAGGAAAAGAGUAUAGAAAAGCAGAAGAAUGUUCCUGUUGAAGUUACAACGGGGUAUGUUAUUGCUGGGGUUUAAUAUAUGCAGGAAAUGUUUUUUACUUCAGCUGACGAGUCUUAAUGCAGUGAGCCUAAAUCCCCCACUUAUAUAACUUGCUGGCUACACCACGUGGAUCUCCGAGCAGGUUGCAAAUCUUUGUGGUGAGUCCUUAAGGGUGAUUAUGGUGUUAUAGUGUUAUUACAGAAGGAAUCCGGAGUUCUCAUAGAACUCCUGCAAUGUCUAGGCAUUGUAGUGGACGUGAAAAAAAACACCAUUCACAUGCAACAGUGAGGUGGAAUUAAAUAACCAUUGAUAGGCUAGUCUUUGAAAGAAGUAAAUUGAAAAGUUAAUCAUACUGCAAGAAUCGAACUUGUCGUAUUGUCGUAGAGCAGCGUUCAGCUCUGCAAAUAAAAUUCUAUUGGUUACAUUUUUAUAAACUUCACUAAAUUUAUACACUAAUAAUAAAUUUUUAAAAAAUUAAUGAAGUUUUCAGGUCUAAAUGAGGUAAUCUGGAUGAUCCAAUAAGGGUCGUUUGUUAUUUAUCUUAUUAUGACAACGGCGAAAUUAUAAUCAGAUAACUACACUGGACUAGUAUCUCAAAGUCGCGGGUUCGAUUCCCACCGUGGUCAGGCAAGCUUUUCAGCUUGCCCGGUGUGAAUGCACACUCGGAGUAACGUCACAGACAUCGUAUUCACCUGAGUCCAUAACACCAACACACACAAAAGUCAAGACAACUACACAUAACAGGAAUUUCCAGAUCUAAAUCAGACCCUUGCAACUUUUAGGUCGAAAUCAGACGCACUGGAUGACAUCUUUAGCAAACCAUCAAGAAAAGAUCUGUUUAGUGGCAUUGAUGACGAAGAUGAAGAUUUAUUUAAACCAGCGGAGCCAGAGGACAUUGAUGACAUUACAAAAUAUAUCGAGAAAAAUAUCGGGAAUAUUGGCAAUGAGGAAGUGGACCUUUUUUCAUAGGUCAUAGGAAAUUAAAUUGAAAAUUAAGGAAAAGCAGAGACCUUCGACUUCGAGAGGCACUAUCGCUCUGUCACGUUUCAGUUCCCCUUUUUCUCUUUUUCUACAAACUCAAAGUUGUACUAGCUUUGGUUCAACUGUGUUAUAAAGAUGUGUUGUGCCAAAGAGAGGAUGAUAACAAGUUUGUAGUAGCAGAUAUUUAACGAAAAAAUCUCACAGUCGUAGUCGGUUCUCGUAGCCGUCGUCAAAUCUAAAGUUCCCUAUUAUUAAGGUCCAGACACACCGGACGCGAUUGGACAACGCGACGCCAUUUUUCGAUUUUCACUGACCGAUAACUUUGAUCCUAGUUUAAAGUUUCCAAAUAUUUAUAGAAGCGCUAUAACCAUGAUUAUUAUACAUUGUAGUUGGUAAAAGCAAUUUGAUUGGCUAAGACCUAGCUUACAGUUAAAUCACGCAACCUACGUAUCUGCAAAUGAGCCUGCGAUGAUUAGCAAGCGGUAUCUAUUUGCAGCCAAAAUACAAGAACCUUCCCACUUCCGCGUCUGUAACUUGUUUUGUAUUUCUGUAAUUUGUUCUAUUUUUGGUAGCGAUUUCUGUCGGCAAAUAUCGCGGGAGAAUUCCCCUUUCUUUCCUUUGUAUACGUCAAUUUGUAGUAAAGGAUACACCUUUCGUUAGAUUCUUUGCAUAAAAGUUGUGAAAUUUUUCAUUUUAGUACGUCACUGAAUGAUUGUAUUCGGUAAUUUUAAAUUUGUAUAGUAUGAACACACUAGGCGGCGGUUUAAAACCGAUUUAUCAUCGCUAUAAGAUCUAAGUUUCGCAACUUUUAUGCAAAGAAUCUGACGAAAGGUGUAUCCAUUGCUACAAAUUGACGUAUAUAAAGGAAGGAAAGCGAAAUUUUACCGGAUCCUAACGCGAUAUGUGCCGAUAAAGCGGUAAUCGCUACAGAAAAUAGAACAAAUAAAUACAAAACAAGUUACAGAAGCGGAAAGGUUCCUGUAUUUUGACUCUGUAACACAAACAAAUGUAUAAUAAAACGAUUGUUGAAUUCGGUUUUUGUGAUAUGCGGAAUUAUCAAGGUCGAGGUAAGCGUUAUCCAAUAAUUGUUAAUUAUUUGGUCUACAUAUCUUUUAAAAUUUGCUUUCAUUGGCUGUUUUAUUUACUUUCAAAAACUAAAAAAUCGCGUCGCGUUGUCGAAUCGCGUCCGGUGUGUUUGGACUUUAAUUAAGGUUCCGCAAAUUCCUUACUCUUCAAGAAAUUACUUCCUUGAAAAUUCCUUCGUUCUAAGCAAAGACGAAGGACUUUGCGAAAGUCUAAGGUAAUAUAAGAAGCACUGAUAUAUUUCUAGAUGGUAAGACUAUGUGACCCGAAACCUAACAGAAUGUAGUUAACUCUCUGAACAUCUUGGCUUACACCAAAUCUGCGUGAUUUUUAGUUGUUAAAAAAUAAUCAAAAAAUAUGCUAAAGUACAAGUAAUUUGGGGUUACAAAGUAUCCGUGAAUGAAAACUGAAAAACAUACGUAUACCGCGUCGCCGCCUAAUUGCUUCCCGUUGGCUUUAAUAUUUAACAUUAAUUUUGAAAAGCGUGGCCUUUUUAUGUUAUCCCGUUUCCUGUAUGAUGCAUACAUUUUGCAGUCUAUUAAUUCAAAAAACUUGUGCGUUGGAGCAAAAUUCUAUACAGGACUAUAGACGCUAUUGUCUAAUUAAAAUUAAUAAAAUUAUAUGUUACUAAAAUCACAUGUGUGCACCAGCGCUGUUAUAUGCAUCUAUAAUGU